AAAAAAUGGCUCAACUUACAACACUCUCCCAAACAGUUCAUCCAUUUUAUUUGGAUGCCAUUUUAUUUGGAUGCCUUCUAUGGGAUCAUGCAAAUCUACAUGAAAAGGUAUGAGCAACUCUGGCACAUUCAAAGGAUGAUACACAGAAACAUUCGUAAAUUUCCUUACCUGGCAUUAUUCACUUGUAUAACCCAACUCUCAGGGUUAUCAAUAGUUGCCACAGUCAAAAUUGGCUAUAUCGUAAAUAUUUAUGAAAACACAAAUUUGCUUUUUGAUCUUAAUCUAAGGUUAGUGUUAGGCAUAAGGUUAACAGUGUGGUUAAGGUUAGGUUUAAAAUAACUUUGAUGAUACAUUUUAGAAAUAGGCGGGGUUUAUGACUUUGUGGUUGUGGUAACUAGCAAUUGUCAGUUGUGUUAUUGAGGCUCUUUUGUAGUGCUAAAGCAACCUCUGCUGGUCAGCGCAGGAAAUAACCAGCUGCCUCUUUUCUGUAUUUCCGUUUCCGUGUAAACAAAACAACAUGGCAGCCCACGUAGGUACUGGCAUGGAGAUUUCGAGUUUUACUUUUAUAGUUUAGCAUUUCUAAACUCGACAGUAUGAACGACUCAAAUUCUCAGUGUGCUGCUCUACAGUUCUAUUGCACCGCAGGGAACGGCAUGGAGCCUUUCCUGAUUCAGGAGGUGAAGACCAAACUUGCAGCCAAAGAUGUGGAUCACAUCCCUGGAAAAGUGUUCUUCACCACCUCUUUUGAAAUAAAGCAAGUGAGGGAGCUGAAAUCUGCAGAGAGGCUGUUUCUACUUUUAAAGCGACACUCCCCCCUCUCGGGCCAUACAGCUAAAACACCAUCUGGUAUCCAGUCAAGGCUCAUGGGUGAUGGAAGUGACUGGACCAGAGCUGUGUUGUCAUGGAGAUGCCUGCAGAGAGACCUGAUGAUGAGAAGCGACUGUACCUUGAGCGUGGCCCUACCAGGGAGGAAGAGGAAGAGGGAGGAAGAGGAGGCGAAAGAGAGUGGUGUUGAGGGGUCAACUUGUAACGGACCAAAUGGAGCACAGAAGCUGGGACUAGAGGGAGAGAGACGAGAAUUAGGACCAAGCAAGGAUCACAUUUCAUCAACAGAAGACUCUGGAAGGGUAAACUGUGUUGCAGGGGACAAAGUUGAAGAGGACCGUAUAGAAGGCAGCCGUGACAGGAAGACAUCCACAGUGUCUUUCAGAGUGAGCUGUCGGUGCAGUGGAGCCCUGUCCAGACGUUUCUCUCCCCAGGAUCUGAGUAGGAUCAUUGGAACAGCGGCGAGCAGACAGCUGGGCUGGAGAGUGGACCUGAGGAAACCAGAUCUGGAGGUGAAUGUGUAUAUGAGUGAUGACCACUGUGUCCUCGGGAUACCUCUCCUCAGGCUUCCUUUAGCCAACCGGAGUUAUAUGAAAACUACUGGGCUGAGAUCCACUAUAGCCUGGGCCAUGGCCUCUCUGUCAGACAUCAAGCCUGGCUCUUGUGUGAUAGACCCGAUGUGUGGAGUGGGAACUAUUCUACUGGAAGCUGCACAUGAAUAUCAGGAUGCCUUUUUCCUGGGUCUGGACAUUGAUGAGUCUCAGUUGGUGAAAGCUGAUCAGAAUGUGGAGUUUGCAAAGUUUGGGGAUAGGGUGCAGCUGCUGCAGGCAUCAUCCAAGGAGAUUCCACUGCCUUCCUGUAGUGUGGAUGUCGUUGUCUGUGAUGUCCCUUUUGGGAAGAAGUUUGGCACCAAGACUGGCAUGGCUGCCUCUCUUCCAGUGAUUGUGAGAGAGAUGGAAAGAGUUCUCUGUGUGGGUGGGACCCUGGUUUUGCUGCUUAGUCCCCAGCUCUCCUGCCUGCUGAAGAAAAGCAUGACCCCCAGACCAGUACCCUCACACACCCAGGGAGAGGGGACUGGGGUGGGAUUGGGAGGUGAUGUGGACCCCUCCCAUACCCCAAGCCUUUUCCCCUCACUGCAGCCCCUAAGCUACCACAGAGUGAGCCUGGGAGCUAUAGACGCUCUUAUUCACAAGUAUGUCAAGAUCCUGACUGCUACUACCACACUCAGUGGACCUGACUGUAUACACACACUCAACCCCUGCAUAGUGGAGCCUGAAUGACACUUUUUAGGAGAUGGAUACACUGGAUUCAAGAGACAUUCACACAGACUUCAAAGACAAUGCCACCUGUGAAACACAGAAAAUCACUAUCAAUUUGGCAUGGUUAGAAUUUUACCAACGUGUACUGUACUACCACAAAAUGAAGCAAAAUACAUACAUGUCAUAGAAUGUCAAA